GAUCACCGCGGGGCUUGUUCACGCACGCUGGUCCCCCCACCCCACCACCACCCCUCACCCCAAAAAGAGCUCCACGCGGACGGAGGGACUUGAUUGACUCCAUUGGCUGGAGAUAAGAUGGCAUGGACGAGCUAACAAGACUGGCGGCCCUCUCGGGAGACUUGGCGAAUGAACGGGCAGGGACGGAUUCCCUGACGUCCGGCGGCAGACUGACGUCCCUCCCGCCGAAGGGAACCGGGGGAUCGGGUCACAGGAGCAUGGCCAGCGGCGGCGUUGGCGGAGGAGGAGCCCUGGAGAAGAACGUCUUAACCCAGAAGAGCAGCACGACUUACUUCACUUCCUCUUCGGUGGGCGUGAGCAGCAGUAGCUACAGCUCCUCGUCGGGGGUUUACCUCGGCGGGGACGGCAACGGCACCGCGAGCUACCCGGACGGCGAGGGCUACGGCAGCGGUAGCGGCGGCGGCGGAGGAGGAGGAAGCAGCUACCUCGUCAGCUCGGUGACCAAGGUUAGCUCGUCGGGCGGCGGCGGCGGAAAGAGAACGCAGGCCGCCUCCGCCGCCUCCUCUGACAGGAAGCACGUAGCGUCCGGCCGCUCCGGCGGUUACGAGGGCAGCUCCAGCGCUAAUUCCUCCCCAGAAUUUUCCCGCAAAGACUAUGGAAUCUAUUGCUCCGGCAGCACCAGAGGGCGAAGCGAGAGCAGAGAGAGCGAGAUCCGCGCCCGGCUCCAGAGCGCCUCUCCCACGGCCGGCAGAUGGGCGGAGCUCGACGACGUGAAGAAGCUGCUGAAGGUCCGCUCCAGCAGCUCCAGCCCCGCCCGCGCCUCCAGCACCUCGGCCAUCAUGAGCGGCCCCAAGAAGGCCAGCGUGGAGACCCAGACCAUCUCCGUGACCUCCCGGGCCUCACAAUCGGUGCUGACAUUCGGUUCCGGCGGCAGAUCGGACGGCUUCCGCGUCGUGGACUCGAGCGGCUUGCUCGAAACGGGUCUGGCGGCGGGCCCGUUCGACACGGGCGCCAAGACCAGCCAUUAUGAGGGCAGCCUCAAAUCGGGCCACUACAGCGACGCGGGGAGGUCAGACCUCGGCGUGAGGUCGGUCACGUACGAAACGGGCGUGAGAUCGGGCCAGUACGGCGCCGGAGUGAGAUCACUGUCGUACGAUACGGGCGUGUGGACCGGACAGUAUAACGGUAGCGCCAAAGUCGGACAGUACGACACUGGCGUCAGAUCCCUGACCCAGAAUACCGGAGUCGUAUCCGCCCAGUACAAUGGCAGUUUGAGGUCCGGCCAGUACGAUACCGGCGCCAUAUCGUCCCAGUACGGCGGUAGUUUGAGGUCCGGCCAGUACGACACCGGAGUGAGGUCGUCCCAGUACAGCAUCAGUCAGAAAUCCGGCAUCCACGACUCCGGCGUGAGGUCGACCCAGUACGACUCGGACGUGGCGCUUCCGGGCUUCCCGUGGUCCUCCGCCACCUUGCCCAGCGGUUCCGGGACCGCCGCCACAGCGGCGGGGGCGGGCGCCGGCAGCAGUUACACGUACCAGGCCGGCGCCAACAACAUGUCGGGGGGAGCGACGCCCGUUGGCUUGGGCGCACCAUCCCUGUCAGUUUAUGGCUUUCAGAAUAAUUUGGCACCCACUUCUGGCGGUGCGAUCACUACAAGUGGCGCAAAUGCCACCAUGACAACUUAUGGAAUUCAGAAAAACGUGUCUGGUGUUGGGGGCGGUGUCGCUGGCACCGGAGUCUCUUCAACUAUGAGAUCCCAAAACGAGGAGGGGUACAAGGACUACGUGUUCGUGAAUUCGGACAAAGAGAACGCCAGGGACACGGAAACGCUCAUUUUGGCCAAAGACAGCGGCAAGCAGUUCACUCGGACCGUGGGAGGAGGUUCCCUCUCGGGUGACUCCAUCCAGAAGGAGAAGCUCAUCACGACCUACGGCGAAGGAGCUCAGCUCAAGGCGGGAACGGGAAACGCUUACUAUGGAUCCUCGGGAGUUUUAAUGAAAGACAAAGGCACGCACGCACAGCUUCGCAAGAAGGGCGGCGCGUGCGGCUGGUGUUGCUGUUCCGAUGCGUGUUGCUCAUGGUGGAAGUGGCUGCUGGGGUUCCUGCUCCUCUUCCUGCUCCUGCUCGGUCUCCUCUUUGGCCUCAUUGCACUGGCCGAGGACGUGAGAAAGCUGAAGAAUCGCGUGGCCACUCUGGAGAGCGAGUCGGCCAUCAUCUCCGCUCGCACCAGUCGUCUCGUGGGUCUUGGCGGCAACACCUUCAUGGACGGCGGGGGCCAAUCCAAAACGGACAUAUUCGUGUUCGGAGCAGGCGGAGGUGGAGGCUCGGACUCCAGUUCAGGAACGCAAAUCGGAGUUGCUGCCGGUGCUGGAGGUUCUGCUGGGGGUGUGGGUGUCAGUGGUGGAGCCGGAGCUGGAGCCGGAGGUGCUGGUGACUCCAGCGGUUCAAGCACGGGUGGAGGCGCUGGAGCUAGUGGUACCAGUAUGGGUGGCGCUGGAGCUGGUGGUACCAGUGUGGGUGGCGCUGGAGCAAGUGGUACCAGUAUGGUUGGCGUGGGAGCCGGAGGAACCAGUAUAGGUGGCGGUGGUGGAGCAAGUGGAACCAGCGUAGCUGGCGGUGCUGGAGCCAGUGGAACAAGCACAGGUGGCGGCGCAGGCACCAGCUUCGGUGGGGGCUCUAGUUCCGGACGUACUACCAUCAUUACCGGCAGUACCCACACCAGCGGCACCAGUGGCAGUACUGGCGCUGGUGCCAGCGGAACCGGCUUCAGCGGCGGCGCAGGCACCGGCGGAACCGGCUUGGGCGGCGCCGGCGGCAUCGGGGGCGGCGGCGGCAUCGGCGGCGGCGGCUCGUCUUCUAGCCACACCACUAGUUUCACCGGCACGUCCAGCGUGAGCCACAGUGGCGGUCAGGGCUUCUGGACCAGCGGGACCGGCGGUUACGUGGACGCUGCCGCUCUUCACAUGGCCAUCCAGCGCAUGGUGAGGGGGGAAAUGCAGUCGCAGGCAUUCCAAGCUUUUAUAUCAGGAGCAAUGCAAGGAGAAAGAGGACAACCUGGACCCAAAGGUGACACUGGACAACCCGGAUUUCCAGGUGCUCCUGGUCCCAUAGGCCACGAGGGUCCUCAGGGUCCGAAGGGCCAGAAAGGAAGCCAUGGUGAACACGGACUGGAGGGUCCUCCUGGUUUGAGGGGGCGUGAAGGCCCUCCUGGACCCAGAGGUGAACAAGGAUUUGGCGCCAAAGGUGAAAAAGGUAAUUCUGGGGAAGCUGGAGUCCCUGGUCAGAAAGGUGCUACCGGGCUCCUUGGAGCACCAGGUCCUCAGGGUUUCCGUGGAGAAGCAGGGUCACCUGGUCUUAAAGGUGACCGCGGUUUACCUGGUCUUCCUGGUCCGGCUGGAGAGAAAGGAACCAAAGGGUCCACAGGACAAGAUGGUGCAAAAGGCUCAAGAGGUGAUCUCGGCAGUCCUGGACACCCCGGACUUCGAGGUCCAGCCGGGCCGCCGGGAGAUGCCGGACCGCCAGGAGCACGAGGCAAUCCAGGUCUACCGGGCCCGAAAGGCGAUACUGGGGAGGCGGGAAGAAUUAUCAAUGCGGCCGGUGUCGCCACUGUACAUAUCCCUGGACCACCCGGGCCUCGCGGACCUCAAGGAGUAUCAGGUCCCGCUGGUCCUGCCGGUCCUGCAGGUCCUAAAGGUGACAGAGGAGAAUCCGGAUCAACAUUGAGGACCUCUGAGAGUUUCAGCUCGAGUGUAGCUGAGAGGCAGUUUGCUUCUGGUGGUGUGUCAUCACUACCCGGCCCACCGGGUCCACCUGGGCCACCCGGACCUCCGGGUCAGCCAGGUUAUGGAAGACCAGGACCUAAAGGCGACAAAGGAGAUUCUGUUGUGACAUCCAGUUCUGGAACCUUCUAUACUGGGCCACCAGGACCACCAGGACCUGCUGGGCAAAAAGGAUCCACAGGUUCUCCUGGACCAAGAGGCUAUCAAGGUGAACCAGGACAACCCGGCUUGCCAGGGAGACCAGGAAGCUUGGAGAGAGUGUCUACCUAUACUGGAGAACACAGAGUUCAAGGACCCCCAGGACCACCAGGGCCUCCUGGACUGCCAGGACCACAGGGAGUCAAAGGUGACACUGGAACUCCUGGGAUUCCCGGAUCUUCUCGAGUCACUUCAGGACCUCCCGGUCCUGCAGGGCCUCAAGGACCUCCCGGACCUCCUGGGUCCUUCUCUUCAUCGGUCGAGAUGCGGCAGUACUUGACAGACUACAUAAGUAGAAGCAGACAGUCUGGCGUGCCAGGACCUCCAGGUCCACCUGGACCUCCAGGACAACCCGGAACCUUCUCAGGUUCCAUAGAAGAGAUCUCCACUCGUAUCGUAGCCUACUUGCAACGUUCGGGCUCCAGCUCGGGCAUCAGCAUUGGUGUUCGGGGUCUUCCAGGACCACCUGGACCCCCUGGACCCGGAGGGGCCUUGACUAUCAGUGGUCUUAUUGCCAUGCUGCAGAGAGAAGAAGUAAGGAGAUACCUGUCAGGCCCACCGGGUCCUCAAGGACCACCCGGACCACCAGGAGGAUCGGGAGGGAUUUCUAACGUCUAUAGCAUCGAGGAGGUAGCAACAUAUGUCUUCAACAUAAUGAACGAAAGGGGAAUCGCGAGAGGACCACCCGGACCACCAGGCCUCCCCGGACCUCCAGGAUCCGGCGGAUCGGGCGGAGCGAGCUAUUCGACUGUUUCAAUCGAUUACUCCGCGCUAGUUAGAAGUCCAGAGUUCCGUACAUGGAUAGGUUCUGCCGUCCACCAAGGUCCCCCAGGUCCUCCUGGUUCUCCUGGUCAACCUGGAGCCCCUGGUCCUCAAGGGCCGCCCGGAGCCACUGUGUUGGGGGUCGGCGGUCGCGGGUACACCUUGGAGGAGCUUCAGCGUUACCUGCAGGGCUCUGGCUUUAGAGGCCUUCCAGGCCCUCCCGGACCCGCAGGCCCUCAAGGACCACCUGGUACCUCCGGCGGCACCGUUUCUUACAGCGGAACCUUCCCCCGGGACACCAUCCGAACCGAAGUUCACGAUUACCUGACCACUGAUAGCGUUCGACGCGCCUUCAUUGGACCGCCGGGGCCCCCGGGGCCGAGGGGCCUCAAGGGAGAUCGCGGAGAGCCGGGUUACAGCCAAAGACUCGUUGGCCAGAGUCAAAGCUCCUCUCAGAGUGACUCUCAUCGCGUCUCCCAGCAUCACGAGAUUGACGUCAGCAAGCUGAGCGAGACCAUGGACUACAGCAGCGUGGCCCUGAAAGUCUCAGACUACAUCAAGAACCAAGGCCUCCUUCAGGACUACCUGGUGGAGGGUCCUUGGAGGACGAACGUAAGAGCCGUCCAAGGCCCUCCUGGCCCACCGGGACCACCCGGAGCGCCCGGUUACAGCCGGGUGAUCGCGGCCUACGGCAACGUCACGGCUGACCUCAUGGACUUCUUCAGAACUCACGGCACCGUCCCCGGUCCUCCGGGGGUCGCCGGACCAAGGGGAGAGAGAGGCUACCCGGGACCCAAGGGAGAUAAGGGUGAUGCCGGACGUCCGGGUUUGCCAGGAAUCCCGGGGACGUACACCAUCCAAAUUCCACAUCGCGUACAGAGGAGGGACGCAGGAGGUAAAGUAAUCAAGCGGGAGCAGCAGGAAGGUCCAGCAGAUGGCGGCUAAAGCACGGCUACUAUUUUCUUCUUCUGUUCUCAACGGAAGCAACGCAAGAAGAAAAAAAAAAAGCUUUAGUAAUAAUUUGAUGUUUAGCUUUGCUGCUGGCCGGUGUUUUGUUUUCGGACGAACAUUUUUCCGUCGCUCAUGUGGAUGUUUAAUAUUUGCUUUAUUUUUAUUUUAGAUGAAAAUAUCAUUAUAGUAGGAUUAAGCUUUAGUGACUGAAGAUUUGUUUGAAAUGUUUCAUAUUUUUUCCCAAGUAUUCUACUGUAUUGAGGUCUACGCGUUGCCGUUUUAUGAAAAUGAUUUGCCACUCGCCACGCAAUCAUUCACGAUUGCUCAAAAUAAUGAUUUCAAAUGACCUAUUCGAGCGUAUUUGUUUGCAUUGCAGCAUGAACACUCAGCCAAGUUACACGGAUUGCUGUAUUUAGGAGCGAUUGUCACUGUACUUGAAGGAAGAUUUGUCGUUUAAAAUGCAAAUAAAGCGAGAUUCCGCUUUAAGGCGACAGCUGAAGCUAAAGGAAUGACUGAUUUUAAGAUUGUAUAUUUUUGUAUGACAACACUGACUUUGAUGUAUUGCCUUUAUACCACCACAUUUUUUUCGGGGAAAAGAUUAAAUUAUAAAUUG